CGCUGAAUGCGCCCCCGUGUGGCGGGUAGGAGAAGCGCGGACGCCACGGGGAGUUUAAAAGCCUCAGCUGAGGAGGAGCUGUCCACUGUACUGAGGAGCUCUACGCUGGGAAAAGUUUAUCUCUACUAUUACACUCGACUAAAAGGAGGGAGAAACAGCAGAGAUGGCAACUCAAGCACAGCAGCCGCCCCACCUGGACCUGGCUGAGAUCACCGCGGCGCAGUUUAUCGACAUCUGGAAACAUUUUGAUGCAGACGGAAACGGCUACAUCGAAGGGACCGAGCUGGAGAACUUCUUCAAAGAGCUGGAGACAGCAAGACGGGGAGCAGGCGUGGAUCCUACACAUGCUGUUUUCAAAGAAAAGAUGAAAGAGUUCAUGGCCAACUUUGACAAGAACGCUGAUGGGAGAAUUGAGAUGUCAGAGUUGGCUCAGCUUCUGCCCACAGAGGAAAACUUCCUGCUCUGUUUCAGAGAGUUUGUGGGAUCCAGCGCAGCGUUUAUGGCUGCCUGGAGGAGGUAUGACACCGACCGAAGUGGAUACAUUGAGUCGAAUGAGCUGAAGGGUUUCCUGUCAGACCUGCUGAAGAAGGCUAACAGAAACUAUGAUGACAAGAAGCUCAAUGAGUACACACAGACAAUUCUGAGGAUGUUUGAUCUUAAUGGUGAUGGUAAACUCGGCCUCUCUGAGAUGGCGAGGCUCUUGCCGGUCCAGGAGAACUUCCUGCUGACGUUCGAGGGCAUCAGGCUCACAGUUAAAGAAUUUGACUCCCUUUUCACCUUCUAUGACAAGGAUGGUAAUGGAUAUAUUGAUGAGCAGGAGCUGGAUGCUUUGCUGAAGGACCUCUGUGACAAGAACAAAAUGGACGUGGACCCUGUGGACUCAAAAGGACUGCUGGGGUACAAGAAGAGCAUCAUGGCUCUGUCUGACGGAGGGAAACUGUACCGCACCGAGCUGGAGAUCGUCCUCUGCCGGGACUCCACGCUGUGAGCUCCCUGCCUGGAACUCUGCCAUCCUCCCCUAUGGCCUCCUCCUUGCUACCUCCUGAUGUAACCUGGUGCAUGUGUGACCCUUAACCUCGCUACACCACUUAGAGUGAAAACAAAAGUGCUUCUGAGCACAAAGUGUACCGCUGACCCUGCUAUUUCAGCUUUAAACCCCUCUGAGGUAUUCUUCUUUUGUUGAAUCUAACGGUUUCAUAGUUAGACAGCCAUAGCCAAUUACUACGGGAAUAUAAUGUGUAUUUAUUUAUUUGACUUACUGUUUUUAAUAUGCUUUUU